CGAGAGUGGCGUCCUCUUCCAUAGUUGCCGUACCUUUGUCGGUUUUAAUUCGGGUUCUUUAAAGAAGAAAUCAAAUUUUAAGAAAUUUGACAAUUUAUUCACUGAUUUUUUGUUCAUAAGUUCAUAAAGAAUAAUUAUUUUGGAGUUAUUAAAUUUUAGGACAAAAAUUUCAGAAAUAAGUACUUAAUUCGAAUUGUAAUGACGCGUCAGUAGGCCGCAUCAUAUCGCGAGUGAGGUUGUAACGAGAAAUUCCAGAAAUGCUGCAUAAAACUGAAAAAUUCAUGUGAAACGUUGUUUUUCUACCGUAAAAUUUUUGAAAAUGGAAGGUAAAGACGCUCAAAAUGAUAAAUAUCAGCCGGAAGGUAAAACGGAGGUGGAAAAAACCGUGGAAAAAGAUAAAGAAACUGAGAGUUCAGGUGAUACAAAAACAGACGCGAAGGAAGAAAGUCCAAAUAAACCUACCCAAAAUGGGGAUGCCACUAACAAAUCAUGCGGGGAGUUAAAUAAUAGCGUAGAAGAAUCGAAUAAAAAGGUUGAAAAAGCGGAUACCACUAACAAACCAACCCAGGAUUUAAAUAAUAGCGAAGAAGAACCGAAUGAAAAGGUUGCAAAAGCGAAUGUAAAUGUUGACAAGGAGGAUAAAGACGUUGAAAAAGAGAUUGAAAAAGGUGAAAAAGAGAUUGAAAAGGGUGAAAAGGACAUUGAAAAAGGUGAAAAGGACAUUGAAAAAGGUGAAAAAGUUACUCGAGGUGUAAAGCGUAAAGCAAACGUUAUUGAGAAAGAUGAGCCUAAAGAUACACUUGUGAAUGAUGAAACUGUAGAACAGAAGGAAAAGGAAAACGUCAAUUUGAAGAAUAAUGAUAACGUUUUAGAAGAAAAUCAAUCCCAAGACGAUUCAUCGGUAAGAGUUUCAGAAAGAGAUGAUACGAUGGGAAAAGGCAAACGUGCAAGAAUACCUAAUAAAAGGUACAGCGAUAUAUUGCUAACGCCGAACAACCGUAAGUCUAUGGGUCAGAGUAAAUUGCCAUCUGAUAGCUCGGAUCCAGAACCGAUAGUGGUGGUAAAAGAGGAACCGGUUGAUACAACAGGAUCUCGAGUUGAUAGUCCGACGUUGCCACUUAAAAAGAAUAGAGUACCUGGAGUAAGGGAAAAUUUACAGGAACCGAAAUUUUUGAAACCAUUCAAGUUUGGUUGGAAACGAGAAUUAGUAUGGCGCUCGACAAGCACCACGUCCAAACCAGUAGGCGAUAUUUAUUACUACACGCCGACUGGGAAAAAAGUGCGUUCCUUUAGAGAACUCGCCGACUAUUUGCAAUCAGUACCCAGUAAAAAUCUCACAGUGGAGAACUUCUCCUUUACCAAAGAACCGAUCGGUCUGGAUAAUCCGGAAAAGGAAAUUAUCAGGGAUGCAAAAAUUAAAUCGUCGGAAAAUGCUAUCGAGAGCCCUGUGGUCAAGCCCGUGGAAUCUAUUAAGAAAUCGAAGAGGGUGUUAAGCCCUAAAGCUACGCCCAAAUUCAUUACAGAAUCAACAAAGGCUGAUGUUACUCCGACAAAGAAUAGGGUUGAAUUGACUUCGGCCAAAUCUACGCCGAUCAGUGCUAGUAAAAAGACGAAAAUGCCUGCUAAGAAAGGCAGAGGUCCUGCCCCAAAACGAGCAAGAUUAUCAACUACCAAAAACGCAGAACCUGCUAAGGUUGAGAGUACUCCUGUAAGACCCAGUCCCACAAAAACCAGCAAACCAUUUCUGGAACCUUGCUCUAUACAAUGUGCCGGAUGCGAAUGGGUAGUUCCGACACUCCAAUGUAAGCUGUGCUUGUGCUUAUACCAUCAUGCUUGUGUGGGAUUGACCGGUAACGUGUCAUAUCCAUACGUUUGCAAGAACUGUCAAGUCGAACACGGCGAGAGUUCCGAAGAUGCGAUUUCAAACACUGUUCCCCCUCCACUCACACCGAUAAAUACACUAAAGUCCGUCACCGCACCGAUUUCUAGUUCUUUACCGAAACUUCAAAGAAUUCCCAGGGUAGAAACGUCAGAACCCUUACCUCCACUUCCUCCAUUAUCUUAUAUCACCACUCCGCCACUUCUCAGUCCUGUCAGGACAGAACUACCCAAACUGAUAUCCAAACCCACCCAAGAAAAAGUCCAGGAAGGUACGAAAUCGUCUUUGGUGGGUGCCGUUACUACUUGGCUACCCCAUAACGUCAAGCUGAUUAAUAGUAGCGAAGAACCUACCGAAGUCCUUAGGCCACAGUAUUUGGAGUUUUUGGGCGGUAGGAAGUACUUGGUGAUUCCGAAACAUAAUUUUAUGUCCGUGUCCUCCGCGACUUCUUCGACUUUGAGAUCUGAACAGACUGUAACUCCUGCGAAUUCUUCGAUUCCCGAAGCCCUUCAGCCCGCGGAAAUUUCCGCUUCGUGUGCUAGUUUGGGUUUAGACACGACAAACAAUAAUAAAGCCGAACCUUUGGAGGAAAUUAAGGAAGAGCCGUUGUCGCCUUCGAAAGUUGACGAGAAAAGUCAACAAGAUGAUGCUAUGGAGGUAGAUACUACUCUGGUUCCAAGCGAUACUAAUGCAACAGAAUCUAAGGAGCUUGGAGAUGAUGGAGUGGGUGAAAUAGAUGACGAAGCGAAUCAGAGUCCUGCUAGUAAGUUGAAAAAACGCAAUUUGAAAUUGCGGAGUAUCACCAAUUCCAACACGGGUGCCGAAGAUAAAGGUGAAACGAAAUUUAUGGAAAAUUACUUGCAGAACUUGUCGUUUGGGUAUAACACCCUACUCUACGUGUUUCAAUAUCUUAAAGUUCAAGAUCUUCUAAGAGCAGGUUGCGUUUGUACCAUGUGGAGGGACAUAGCAAGCCAUCCGAUUUUGUGGCGGACCGUGCGAAUGAAGAACUCCCAAGUGCACAGUUUCGACGGCCUGGCCAAUACCUUAAAGAAACACGGUACCACGCAUUUGGAUUUGCGAAAAAUGCUGCUUCCCAGUAGCGGCGACGAGAUCUGGCCGGAAUUUUCAAAAGCAAUCGCCAAAGUUGACACGCUCAGAAAAAUCGAACUUUGCAGAUGUCCUGCAAGCGUGGUAGAAAACCUAGCGCUAUCCAACCCACAUUUAGAGGUUAUAAACGCUGUUACGAUAAAGUGCGAGAGCAUGAACUUAGGUCCCCUAAAAUCCUUAACCUGCAUCAAAGAGCUACGAUUAAAAUCGACCUCCGGACUGAACAUAACCUCAAUAGAUUCGUUAAAAGAGUUAAAAUCCUUAAGGCAUCUAUCUUUGACGUCUGUCAACGAUUUGCACAAGCUGAAUUUGAACGUCAUAGCCGAAUUGAAGAAUUUGGAGUCGCUGGACCUGGGCGAAUGUACGGACUUCCCGAAAAAUUUUGGAGUGGACAUUUUGAGUCGUUUGGACAAGUUGGAGAAGCUGAGAUUGGAGAAGGGACAGGGGAACUGUCACGUGUUCGAGAUUUUGGAGGCGGCGAAGGGUAUGAAGAAGCUUGAGCAGCUGGAACUGGUGAAUUUUGACGUAAAGUCCGGGUUUGAUAAAGCUUUGGGGGCCUGUAUCAAUAUUAAGAAGUUGAUGAUUAUUCCGACGUAUAUAUCGCAGAGUGCCACGACGAAUAAUAUGGUACUGUCUGGCGUCUUGAGAUUGCAAGGAAGCUUGACCCAUUUCGUGUGGGGAGUGACCCUGGAGCUGCUCCGCGUCACCGAGCUCUUCGUCGACCAGUGCGAAGAGCCCAAAGACAAGAAGGACAAGAAACCGGCCGGCAACGGCGACAGCAUUCCCGUUCUCAAACCCGUACCUGACCUAUCGCACGGCGACGUCAUCCAGGCGGCCAGCAAUCCCCCACAAGUGGAGAUCCUACCGCUGCCUAACCUACAAAAGUUGCUGUUGAACAGCCUGCCGACGACCAGAGUUAAGAUUCUAAAGAUACCGUUCCACGCGACGUGGCGACAAACCCUUACGGAUUCUGUAUAAUUUUAUUUGCUGUUUUUUUUUAUUAUUUUUACAAAAAAUGUAAAAUAUUUGCUACAAAGUAGGGAAGAACGAGAGAAACAGAAGACGUGUAAUAAGAUGAUGAAUCGUGUGACAUUUUUUUUAUGUAAAAAUAUACUUUAUUUACUCGCGAUGAGUUGAAGUGACUGUUAUUUUGGUAGCAUAGAAUAUGCGGGGACAUGAGAAAAGAGCAAAAUAAAACACUAAUUCACCACAAUACCCCAAAACAGUUUUAUUUUUCCAGUGGAUGAUGCUAACAUGGUUAGCGAAACGCGCGUUCAGUGCAAGAACAUAGAUAAGAUACUAUAAUAUAAAAUAGAUAGGAAACUCGAUACAUUUCGUCCGGACCGAGCGGUGGCGCCAGCUCGUGGGUCUAGUAACGAAAUAAAACAUAAAUUUAAAAUGGAUGGUUUCUAUUUUUUUCAGAUUUUUCCAUUUAUUCAAGUAAAUUGAUUCAAGAAAGAACCAAUUUACUCGAAUAAAUGGAUUUAAGUUUAAACGACAAAGGGGAUAUAACAAAAACACAAAAAAAAACUAUAAGAAACCAUCUUUAUUGAACUGAAUAUAAUAACAAAAACAAUACAAAAGGUUAUAAUAAAAAAACUAUCUAGAUCUAUAACAAUUAGGGUAACCUAUUUUACAAUUAAUUAACAAUCUCAAAGGAAGGGAAACUAUCCGGUUGUCGGUUUAUACUACCGUAUGAUCGAAAAAAAUGGCGUCCAGUUGGCUGGGAAAUGACGAUCGAUGACAUUUCCCAUAUAAAUUUACAUAUAAAAUGACAGCGAUCUUCAUUUCCCAGCCAACUGGACGCCGUUUUUUCUCGAUCAUACGGUAUGUGUCUCGAUACACGUGUUAAUACUUACUAUUUGAUCCUUCGGAAACAUAUGCAUUUGGGCAUCUUUUUGGUAAUUCUUACAGCCAGUAACACAACACUUAAAAAACAUUGUCUACGGUUAAAAAUUUUUGAAAAAAACACAAGAACAGAGCGGUAUACAAAUCAAAAACAAAUUUAAAACACGAUCUACGGAUAACGAGCAGAAUAAAAUAUUAAUUGAGAACUGUUUACAUUUGUCGGUAAAAACCAGGUAAAAAUUUAAAUUUUGUAAAAUUUUGUUGCUGAUUGCGCCCCCCUCGUGCUUAUAGUAAUGGACUAUCGGCUACAACCUGUCACUUCCAUAAGAGUUUCCUAGGCAUGGUGCAAGAAUAAGAGCGUUUUGGUGUAUUGUGUUGAAUUGGUGUUUUAUUUUGCUAUUGUAACACCAAAGGUUCCAACCCCUCAACUCGAAUGAGAAAAGUGAAUGUGGUUUAAGAAUCGUUCAACAGUUAUAAUGUGGCAUGAUCUUAUUUUUUUUCUCAAUACUGAUUUGAACUUAAAACUUUCUUAUACCGUUUAUACUUUUGAUUUUUUUGUACAUUUUGAACAAGACUUCACAAGAUCACAUGCCACCAAAUGUUAUUAUACAUAUAAUAGAAUGCAAUAUAUUUAUUUAAUGCUCUAAUCUAUAUUUACACCUUCUUUACGUACAACUAUAACUUUAUGGAUUAUAAAGAAAUAGUAACAUAACCUAAGAUUUUCCCUAUGGUACGACAGGUGGUAUUACACAAAAGUAAGGUUAGUAUGUUGUGUCUGUCAUCAAAUCAAAUUUUGGUUUCAUAAUUUUCAUGUUCUAGAUACCUUCAUUAAUUUUUUGUCAAGUUUUGUAAAAUAUUCAUAAAUAAAUAAAACUUCUAACCUUAUUUUUUAUGUUAGAAAAUUAAAUACUUCUGAAAAAAAUAAUAAAAUCGCAUAAAAUAUUGUUUUUAGCUGUCAUACUUAAAUGAAAUUUCCCUAAAUGUUGGUUAAUACAAGUUUAUUGGAAAAUGUCAUUUUGUUACCUUCUUGACUUGUGUUAUAUAGAAUAUGAUAUGUUAUUUUUUAUUUUAUCAGAAACCAAAAAAUUUCUUAUGAAAAUACUGUAUGAUCGAACGAAAACGUCUUAGUAGGUGGUAGAAGUAACAUUUCAAUUCUUUCAAUCUUUGCUAUGGCAAGUUCUUGAGCGACAAA